GUUAGGCUAUACCAAACCCUAACUAGAAAAAUUCGUUCAUGCGAUUGGUGGCCAUGGGAAGAGGACGACGCAUAGGGGGCGGAGCUGGUGGCGGCGGCGGCGAAAACACACGAUCGAAUUUCGAUCGCAUUCUCCGCCGUCACAUCAAGUCAGCUCCAAAAGAGAAUCAUUCGACAGUCGAACGGUUAGUGGAAUACCUCCGUAUCACAUACCCACACUACUCCCGCCACAAACUCCAACCCUUCACCAGACGAGUCCAUCAAGUAGUUCAGCUUGAUGAGGCUCAACACAAGCGGAAGAGGGACGGCGGCGAUGUUCACAACAGCAGCGCCGCCGCCGCCUCAUCCACGGUGGCAUCUACUAGUUCGUCAGGAGGCGAUUCCUCCGACGGAGAGGGAUCAAAUUCAGAGGAUGCAAUAUAUGGGGAGAAAUUUGAGCCAGAGUUUGAUUUGAUGAAGUCAAUGCUCCGGGAAAAUUUGAAGAAAAAUUCGAAGGUAAAGGAGGCUGUAGAAUUAGAUGUGGUGUACAACGACGAUGCAAAAAAGGUAGAAAUGGUGACAGAAGAAGGCCAUUUGGACAGUCAUUUGAGUAAGGCUAUCAAAACUGGCCAUGGCAACAGUGGUGGAGGUGAGAAUAAGGGUCCAAUGUUUCAGGAUUUUGGAGGAAUGAAAGAUGUGAUUGAUCAAUUGAUUGAGAGUGUUCUUGUGCCGCUGUGCCAUCCGCAACUUCCCCUUCAUCUUGGAGUAAAGCCUGUGGCCGGAGUUUUGUUGCACGGGCCACCAGGUUGUGGGAAAACGAUGCUAGCUCGGGCUAUUGCCAAUGAACUUGAAGCUCCAUUUUAUGAAAUUUCUGCCACUGAAUUGGUAUCUGGAGUCUCAGGUGCAUCUGAAAAAAACAUACGAGAGUUGUUUGCAAAAGCAUACAAGACAACUCCAUCAAUUGUGUUUAUUGAUGAGAUUGAUGCAAUUGCUUCAAAAAGGGACAAUUCGCAGAGAGAAAUGGAGAAACGUAUUGUAGCACAACUAUUGAAAUCUAUGGACAGAUCAAAUAGGCCCCAUAAACCCGUUGAGGACAAUGCAACUUCCGAAGGUUUUGAUUGUGGAAGCGGCCAUGUUCUAGUAAUUGGAGCAACUAAUAGACCAGACGCCAUUGACCCUGGUUUAAGGAGGCCUGGAAGAUUUGACCAUGAAAUUGCUUUAGGCAUUCCAGAUGAAUGUGCAAGAGUUGAAAUACUAUCGGUACUCACACGCAAUAUGAGGCUUGAAGGAGCCUUUGACUUUUUAAAGAUAGCAAGAGCCACUUCCGGGUUUGUUGGAGCUGACUUGGCAGAACUUGCCAACCGUGCUGGUAGCCUUGCAAUGAAUAAAAUUAUAAAAAAGAGAAUGGUUGAUCUUUCUGACAUGACAAUAGACAAGAAAUGGUGGAAGCAACCAUGGUCAAGAGAAGAAAUGGAAGGACUUACCAUAACUAUGGCUGAUUUUGAGGAAGCUGCUAAAAUGGUACAACCCUCCUUAAAAAGAGAAGGAUUUUCUACUGUACCAAAUGUGAAGUGGGAAGAUGUUGGAGGCCUACAUUUCCUCAGACACGAAUUCGAACGUUAUAUUGUUAAGUGUAUCAAGCUUCCCGAAAUUAGCAAGGAACUUGGAGUGGACUUGGAUUCUGGAAUUUUGUUAUAUGGUCCUCCAGGUUGUGGUAAGACAUUGAUUGCCAAAGCUGUUGCCAAUGAAGCAGGAGCUAAUUUUAUAUACAUCAAGGCUGCUGAGCUUAUGAACAAAUAUGUUGGUGAAAGUGAAGCAGCCGUGCGGGCCCUAUUUAAUCGUGCUAGGGCAUGUGCUCCAUGUAUAGUCUUUUUUGAUGAGGUGGAUGCAUUGAUGACACAACGGGGCCAUGAAGGGGCAUGGGUUGUUGAGAGGGUUGUAAACCAGGUAUUGUCGGAGCUCGAUGGCGCAGCAGAGAGACAUGGUGUCUAUGUAAUUGGAGCGACAAAUAGGCCUGAUGUCAUGGACGAUGCUCUUUUCCGGCCAGGGAGAUUCGAUAGACGUAUAUAUGUACCUCUACCUAGCCCUGAUGAUCGAGGAUUGAUCUUGAAAGCUCUUGCUCGGAAAAAGCCAAUAGAUGCCAGUGUGGAUCUAAUCGCUCUUGGAAGAGAUGUUGCUUGUGAAAAUUUCAGCGGUGCUGAUCUAAAAAAUCUGAUGAAGGAAGCUGCCUUAGCUGCCAGAGACGAUGAGUCGGUUUCAUCUUCUGAAACUCGCACAAUCAAAGAAGUGCAUUUGAAAAUAGCAUUGGGAAGAAUAUCACGUUCGGUUUCUGACAAGCAAGUUAGAAACUAUGAGCAUAUGAAAGAAAGAUUCGAGAAAAUGUUUGGCUGAAGCUGAUUGGAGGAUCAUAUGCUAAUUAAAAUAUUUUUGGAGCAUAGCAUUGCCAAGGAAACGCCCAGCUGCACAAAACCAUGAAUGCCUCAAGUCAGUCCAUUCAGCUUCAGAUAUUCAUUCAAGAACUACUACUUUGGAAGGAUAUCUCUAUCGAUUUAAAAAAGAAGAAAUUUAUGGUUUUGAACUCGCUAAUUUAUUUCAAAAUCAAUUAUUGCAUUGUUUGUUUGAUUUAGGAGUUAAUAUACAAAUUUUGGCUA